AUGCCAUCACCUAUUCCUUUUAAUAGCUUUCUUCCUUUGGAGCUCUCCCCAUCUGCAGACUUGAGACCUUGCAGCAGCCCUGUAGUUAUUCCUGGCAAAGAUGGAAAAACCUUCCUAGAAGGGACCCCCUCACCCAGGACCCGCCGCCUGCCUCCGCGCUUGGCCUGGUGCUCCAUUGACUGGGACCAGCUCUGCCUCCUGCAGCCCCUGGGAUCUGGGGGUUUUGGGGCUGUCUACAAGGCCACCUACCAUGGUGUGACUGUGGCUGUGAAGCAGGUGAAGAAGAGCAGCAAAAAUCGGCUGGCAUCCCGACAGAGUUUCUGGGCUGAGCUGAACGUAGCCCGACUGCAGCAUGACAAUGUGGUACGUGUGGUGGCUGCCAGCACGUGUGCUCCUGCCAGCCAGAACAGCCUGGGCACCAUCAUCAUGGAAUACGUUGGCAACAUCACCCUGCACCAUGUCAUCUAUGGCACUAGAGAUGUGUGGAGGCUGGGCGAGGAGGAGGAAGGAGGAUGUGGGAGGAAGGCUCUGAGCAUGGAGGAGGCUGUGUGCUACUCAUGUGACAUAGUGACUGGCUUAGCCUUCCUUCACUCACAGGGCAUCGUGCACCUCGACCUGAAGCCUGCCAAUAUCCUCAUCACUGAGCAUGGAGUGUGCAAGAUCGGAGACUUCGGCUGCUCCCAGAGACUGGAGGAAGGCUUGUUCCAGAGCCACCAUGUUUGUCAGCAAGGGGGCACGUACACCCACCGUGCUCCUGAGCUCCUCAAGGGCGAGAAGGUGACUGCCAAAGCAGACAUCUACUCCUUUGCCAUCACCCUCUGGCAGAUUGUCAUGCGGGAGCAGCCUUACCUGGGCGAACGGCAAUACGUGCUCUAUGCAGUGGUAGCCUACAACUUACGCCCUUCUCUGGAGGCCACUAUCUUCCAGGAGUCACCGGUGGGCCAAAGGCUUCAGAGAAUCAUCAGCUGCUGCUGGAAGGCUGAUGUAGAGGAGCGCCUCAGUGCAGUCCAGCUGCUCCCCAGCCUCAGGGCCCUGAAGGGGAACCUCUAGGGGAAC